AUGACCAGGGAUUAUAAACAUAUAUAUAAAUGGUUGACGUUACUGCUAUGUCCAUCUUUAAUAGCUUUUGGAUACUUGCUGUCAUUAACUAAGUAUACAAGAUUAUUUAUUGAAAUUAAUAAAGAUGGGUUUGUUAAUGUUUUUUUUGUUAAAAAUGGUUGGUUUUGGACAACAAUGAUUUUAUUUUGGUGUUGUUAUAGAUAUAGAAUCAACAAGAAAAAAAAUAAAUCAAUUUUGAGAAGGUACAUUAUUUUAACUCUCUGGUGGUAUAUUUUUACGCAGCCUAUUAAAUGGUUAAAUUGGCCACCAAUUAUGGAUUCGAUUUUUCUUCUAACAGGUGGCGAUUGCAAAUUUAAUAUAUGGGAUUUAGAUGGUAACUUAGAUAUUACAUUUCACAACAAUAAUACUAAAAGAGUAAAUAGAAGUUUCCAUAUUUUGAAUAAAGUCUUAACACAAUUAGUCGAAAAUUACAGUAAAGACAGUAAUAUUAAUAAUAAGGAUACGAAAAAAAAUGAAUCAUAUUUACUAGAGUCAUUAAAUUGUAUACGAAAUGGUGGUUCUCAUAGUAAGAAUCAAUCCUUACAUUGUGACAGUAGAGUUAAUCAAAUAAUUAAAAAUGCUAUAUCAAAAGAAGUUAAAUUAAAUACAUCAUUAAUGUGCAGACAGUAUGGUGGAUACUGGAAUGGUGGACAUGAUCCAUCGGGUCAUAUUUUUUUACUGACCUUGAUGAUUAUGUUAUUGCUAGGUGAAUUACCGAACAUGUUAAAUUUUGCAUGGUCAAAAUUUUGUCAAAUGAACUUGGAUAAGAAGGAAAUUCAUAAUGAAACUAAUGAACAGAAGAAUAAGGGAAAUGCAAAAGAAAAAAUUAAAGAAAAAAUUAAAGAAAAUAACAAGAAUCCCAUAAGUAUACUCAAACAAAUCGGUAAUUUUAUUAUUUUUGCAUUCCACUACCUAAUCUGGGAACAACCAGUUUUAAUUAUGAUAUGGUUUUUAUUAUUGUGGUCUUGGUCAUUGUUGGUUACUACAACAAGUUUUCAUUCUUUAGCAGAACAACUUUCGGGCUUAUUUUUUGCAUAUUCUGUGGCGGGAAUAGUAUAUUAUAAUAGAUGA